AUUUAGCUGAGAACAGACUGAAUAUCUCAGACUACCACCAUAUUCAUAGCAGAUUCCCCUAGACUUUCAGUCAGCCUUUCUUGUACCACCAGCACUUGUUCAAUCGAUCGCUCACCCUGCCUCAAGCGGAAGUCCGCCCGUUAGCUAGCAUACAUUGAGCCGUUAUCUGGUCAUCAGUCGAGUCCAAAGAUCCAAUGACAAUGGACAGCAGCGGAGUCAGCCAAAUCAUCAAUGCGUUGGGCGUUGUUUACGACUCUAAAUCCAACAACACCCAGAGAAGAGAGGCCCAGGAAUUCUUGGAAACAAUCAAGUCCAACGACGAAUCGCCAUUCUGGGGCUAUCAAUUGGCAUUGCCCGAAAACAAUGGCAAGAAUUACAUAGUUCGACAUUUUGGGUUUUCGUUGAUCCAAAACUCCAUCAAGACCCGCUUCCACGAGUUUGACUCUACCAAAACCCUAGCCAUCCGUAACUGGAUCGUCGAAUUGGCCAACAAAAUCGAAGCGGAUGACCCCCACUACAUCAAGGAAAAAUUGGCGUUCCUCUGGGUGUCUAUCGCAAAAAGGAUUUGGGGAAAUUUCCCUUCCUUGAGUGUCGACUCGAAGGAUAAACCCAACCACGGUUCCCAGGACGCCCGUAGCGGCAGCAACCCUAAUAUUUCCGACACCAACGGCAGCUCAAAAGACGAUACCAUCAGCGGAUGGUCAUCUAUGGAUCAAGAUUUGUGGAAUCUAUGGUCCAGCAACUUCACUUGUCGUGAAUUGUCCUUAAUCAUCAUCAGAACUUUGUUCGAAGAUAUUUAUCUUCUUGACGAUCCAAUUGCAUCCAAGAGAACUGUCAUAUUAAACCAGUUGAGUGUUCUAAUUAUUACCCCAGACAAUGUUCUUAAUUCUCUUUACGAAUAUGACCAAACUAUGACUCGGUGCAAGUUUACUCCCAACGGUUGGUUCGUCAUAUGGAGCCAGUUUCUUUUAGAAAUCUUGUCCAAUAAUGAUGCCAACAGUGAAACAUAUCAAAGCUUUGUACCAAAAAUCUUAUCCACCUUCAAAACUUGUUUGCAUUGGAUUCAACCCUCAGUUUUGAGAAGUGAGAAUAUAAUGCAAACUCUUAUAAACCUUUUGAGUUUGCCUGAUGUUAAGUUAAAAACUCUAGCAGUGGACUGUUUGCAUAUUCUUUUCACUAGAAGUUAUAGCAAUUCUGAAGAUUUCAACUUUUUCAUUGGCUCAAUUUUCACUACUGAAGGUAUUCAAAAAUUGUCACAAUUCUACCAUUCAUUGGAAAUAGAUCCUGAUGAUAUUGACGAACAAGCCUAUUCUCUUUUGAAGAAGACUGUUGAGAUGAUUGUAUCGCUCAGUGAGUACUUAAACAUCUCCUCUAAAAAUAAAAUCUCUUGGGAGAGUUCUGAUAUUGAUAACUACUUGAAUUUGGUAUUGAAUACCACUAAUCAUCCAAGUUUAAUAAUCAGUGGAUUAUCUCUUCAAAUGUGGGUCACAAUUUUAAGAUUUGAUGAAUUGAGCUCGAAGGGGCCAAUUAUCAAAAUCUUGUUAGAUUUAUUGGAGAUUGCCGCAAACAGAACCAUCAAUUACACAUAUAAUGAUGAACUUAGUUCAAAGAAGUUUUUGGAUGUUGAUUUCGAUUCAAACUCUGAUUCUAAUUCUUUCUUACAGAACUAUAAAAAAUUCAACGAAGACAUUGUCAGAAUCACUAUUUGCAAGAAGCCUGAAGAAGGAUUAAUGUGGUUGGAAAAUCGUUUACAGGUGUUUUUCAGCUCAGAUCUCGGUGGAAAAUGUAUAACCCAAUACAAAUUGGAUGAAAAAUCAGACGAAUUGAAUUAUGGUUCCUCGCAGUUCAACAUCAUCGAAAACUGUAUACGAGGAAUUUCAAGGUGGAGAAUUUGGUACAAUGGAAAGGAUUUCGAUGUGAUCAAUGACAGAUUGAACAAGUUAGUAGAAAGUUUGGGUGAAAGAUUAUUAGCAAUGAAUUUGUCAUGCCCUUUGUUGAUAAGAAAACAAGUUCAGACAUUAGUGCAAUUUGCACCUUUAUUGAAGGAUGUCAGUCCUUUGAUGUUCAAAGUAUUGGAAAAGAUUUUGAUAACUGCAACUUUUGAGUACCCUCCAGACAUAACCGACGAAGAAAAGGAAUUAAUUCGGGACUUGAGAACUAGUUGUGGUACUGAAUUGAACAGGUUGGCUUACAUAAUGCCUGAAUCAUUGAAGAAAAUAUUUAAUGAUUUGGAAAAUGUGGUAGCCAACAUAUUGUCAUCAAAAAAGGUGACUGAUCACGAAAACGUUGCAUUUAAAUCAUUCUUGUUGGUUAUAGCUUCUAGAUCUUCAAUUACUGAUAAAAAUGAAUUGUUUGCGAAGAUUGUGGACCCAGAGUUAGCAGCUUGGUCUGCACCAGAAACUGAAAAGGGAUUGAUGGACUUACAUUGGUUUAUGGAAAGAAUGGGAAUAGUUGAGAUCGCUUCUUAUUUUCAGCGUAGGGGAAUUUCAGCCACUACAAACUUAUUGGAAUCUGAAAUGGAUGAAGAUGGAAAAUUACUAAAGAAUAAACUUAAGGAUCACUGGUCUUCGAUUUUUCCUAUUAGGGCUACCAGGAUUUUUAUCCAGUAUAGUAUUGAAAAGCUCAACCACGAUUCUACUGAGUACUUAAACUUGUUAAAAUUGUGGAAGCCAAGAGUCCAACCCAUUAUCCCUCAUAUUUUACAGUUGUUGACCCAGAUUCAGGCGUACCACAAUCCCGCUAACUGGAACGAUUUGCCCGAUGCCGUCCAAGCAUUUGUUAGAUACAGUUGUAUGGAAAGAUUUUGGCAGCAAGGAGUAUCGAUUCAGUCCAAGGAAACCUUCAUUGAAGAGAAUGUCAAGGCAGCUUUCACAUUACGAGAUUUUGCUGACUCGGUUGGUCAUUUGAUUAGAUAUACCAGAGAGUAUGCAUUUUUGACAAUUGGCUCAUUAUCGCAACUUGAGGAUACCCUUUAUGAGAUUCCUAACAUCGCCAGCAUGAUCUGGAAGGCAGUUGCCGGCGAUACUGUGGGAAUUACUUUACACAGUUGGAAGCACAUGAUUAAUAGUUGUUUGAGAAGUGUGAUUAAGUUCUGCCCGGUAAAGUUUGUGGAUGUUUUCAUGGCUGAAUUGUUACCCAAAGCAUUUUUAGACAUUGAUAAACUUAUUGUUGGCAAGUGGGAAAAGGUUUACAAUAACGGCUUACAAUUACAAGGCAACGAAGAUGACGAAACUUUGUCGGAGGAGAUGAUGGAAGAACAUAUGUUAAGACAACUCACCGCCACAGUUGUUAGAUUCUUGAUGGACGUGGUCAGUCAGUUCAACGCCAAAACUAUAACAGAUACCCAAUUCGCUUGUCGAAGACUUAUUAUAGAAAAUAAGGAAGUUAUGGCACCGUUUUUGCAAAUCUGCUGUCACCUCAUUACAUUCAAAGAUACCAAAUGUUCAUUUAACACUAUUUUAGUGGUUAGAAACGUAUUACUGGACAUACUAUUGAAGGACGAUGAGGUUGACAAGUACUUAUGUGAUCAUUUAGUAAAGGCCUUAUUGCAGGUCUUGGUGGAUGAUUACUUUGUGGAAACGCACGGGGAAGCAGCUAUUGCGCUCACCACGUUAUACUGUGCAUUGAGAUCAAAGAACGAUUAUCCUGCCAGAAUAUUGAUACAAUGUCUUCCCAACAUCACCACCCAACAUGUGAGCAACUUUGAAACAUUGUUGGUGAGCUCUAAGUCCUUGAAGCAUCAAAGAGCUGCGUUGUUGGAAUUGGUGAAGAUUUCCAAGGAAAACGGUUCUGGAAAUGAUUAUGAUGAGAUGAAGAAUCGUAGAAAACAAUUAGAAGUAGCUGCUGCUGCCAGAAAAAAGAAAAGCUUGACUGUGGACGUGAUGAAUGAUCCAUUUACCGAAAACGGUGCCCUAGACAAGUUAUUUGGCGAUGAUUAGCACUAUGACCAGUAUUAAACAAUAUAUGGAACGAACUAAUAGCUUAUGAGGUGGUGUGUAGGAAUAUAAGCGGUGGAAAAUAUUACGUCUUUUUCAGUACUUGACUAUUGAUUGUGAAAUCUCUACUAAUGGGCGAUCUUCCUCUGGCAAUAUUGAAGGCAGCUAGAAAUGCUUGUGACUGAAUUCUACGAUUAGCAGGCAUUAGUAGUAAUAGAACGCAAUUUUGCUCCUAUUUAACAAGGUACAAUAUAGAAGGAGUAUCUGUCCUACUUCAGCCCUUGAUUAACACUUCUCCAACACAGUGAAUUCUGAAUUUGGUUCAUUCUAGUAACCAGAAAUGCCA